CAUAUGUCAUCUCUUUGAUGUCAAACUGCUUUGUUGUCGAUUGUCGACUUACUUCCGUGUUGUUUUCACAAUAUCAAUUUAUUUCUGUGCUACAAAGUCGUUUGAAAAUGAAGAACUUUCCUGUGUUCGUUUUUCCAGUUUCGCUAGAAUUUUAUCUGAGCGCGAGACACACGCACAAGCAGCUACUGACUCUCUACAACCCUUACGACUUCGCUGUAAAUUUUAAAGUGUUAUGUACGUCGCCAAAUAAGUUCACAGUGAUCGAUCCGGAGGGAGUGAUCGCUCCCCAGAGCUGCAUAGACAUCGUGGUCCGCUACACGCAGCCCUCAGUGGUUCACUGUAGCACCACUGAGAAGUUUAGGAUCACCAUGUAUGACAGGAACACCCAGCAGGCAUUGGGGAAGAGGGAUAUUCCUACUAAGCUCAUAGAAGGUGAACCAUUAAGCUCACAUCCUGAGAGUAUGAGUGAUAGUUUUCACCCAUUGUUGACUAAACCUGUUGCCAUGAAACCCGUAGAAGAAACAACAAGAGUUACCUCAUGCAAUCAUCCUCACAAUAUGCGCCAAAGAGAGCAGCAACCAGUGAAUGUAGUAGCAGUGGCUGUGAGUAUAUGCUGCAUUGCAGCAUUGUUGCUACCAACACAGCCGGAGACUGUUGUGGAAACACAGUGGCCGGAGUGGCUUCACAUUGGUUCUAACUUAAAACUAGUCUUUUCAUUUGUCCUAGGUUUAGUCAGUAUGCUAGUGCUGAGACCCUAGGACACAAUUACAACUGUGUUUAGUCUAUUUCACAUAGAAAAGAGAUAUGAAUGUUUGCUUAACUUCACUCCAAAUAGGAAAUGCUUUAAUGGUUAAUAUUUUAAGACUGUGAGAUAUAAAUACAUAAGCAAUCCUUAUGUAUUAUCCCAGGAUCCAAAAAUCUUAUAAUUUGUUAUGACACUAAUUUCUUUGUGUGAUGGUCAUAGAUGUCUUUAACCAUCUAUGAAUAUGGCUAGUCAAAACUUAUAUUGUUGAUUAUAUAUCAAAAUAUUUACUUAAAAAAAACUGUGAUGGAAAAUCUUAUAUUGCUCUCUCCAUUUUCUGGUGCUUUGUAAAUAUCAGCAUGAAACGGACUAGACAUGGUUGAAGUUAAUCUUUUUGUCUUGUAAAUAUUAUACUAGCUGUUACCAUGUUGGGGUGUGUAUAGGAAUUAUGAACAUUUCCUAAUUCUGGUGGUCGAUUUUAUAAUUAAUAUAUGGUAUAAGGUCUGAAGAUAGUUAUUAUUUCCUUGGUGUGAUAAGUAUUUUUACUUAAUGGUUCUAUGAGUAAUAUUAAUUUAUUACUGAUAUGUAAGGAUUGUUUUAAUUAUUGUAGUUAUUAUUAGUUUUGUAUAUUUUAAACGGAAAGUUUAUCAGUGUGAAACUACCAUUCCAUAACCAUUCUUACUGUGCACAGUAAUUUUUCAGAAUUUAGAGAUAUAAUUAUGCUUCGUUGCAUAUUUUUUACAUAAACGGUUAAAGAUUAGCAUACCGAAUAUAUGUACUUAUUAAUGAGCAUCCCAUCAUCUGUAAAUAUUAUUAAUUAAUGUAAUGUUAUGUGCCUAAAGUUCAUUUCUGGUAAACGAACAGUGCUGCAAAUCCUCAAUGAUAUACAUUUAUAGUAGAAUAUACAUUAGAUCCUAUCAUUCAUGGGUAUCUUGUUAUGGGUACAUUUAGGUAUCUUGCUUGUUAAAUGCCUAUGUUGAAUGGAACCUUACUAUACCUAACUACCUCCUGGUAUUUUUUUUGACAACUUUGUAUCUGCCAUACUUAUGUUAUGUGACACGGUGUACCUACCACCACGUUUAUAUUUAUUUAUUUAUAUCACAUAACUGCGAAGGGACCAUCGCAUUGUUUGUAUCUACUAAUAGUACCCAUUAUAAUUGAUUUCACCAAAUAUAUCAAUACCAUCAUAAA